UAUUAUUCAGGUUUGUUACCAGUCAUUCAUUAUCUAUCAUUCCCUGCUGGCUACUGUUCUUUUCUUUGAAUAAGACUGACUACACUCUCACUCACUGUUUUUUUCCUUCCUCUUCCUCUUCUUCCUCUUCUUCAUCUUUUCUUUCCUGUCUUCCUUUCUUUCAUCUUGGAUAUUUUGAACCACCAGUUUUCACCAACCUUGGGAUCAUUUCUUCUUCAGUGUCUAUUCUUACUGGAUCUGCUAGGAUCUACAGAUUAAUCAGCCCAGUUUGUGCUGGCGCCACCCCACGUUGUGCUUAGACAGUGACGGUAUGUUUUGGGAAUACAGACCAUGUUCCUCAUCGAUCGAUUUUUCUGCUGCAUUUCUUCAUCUUCCUCCAGCAACCACUCGUCCACCACCCGCAAUUCCCCCCUCGGAGAUUAUUUGUGAUGUCUCGGCGAUGAAUAAGCAUCAGACUGACCAUCAUUUCACUGUUCCUGCUGCAGAUCUCCUGCAAUCAAGCCUUGAUCCACUUCGUGGUAUGUGCUUUUCUGCUCUCCCCCUUCUUUCGACUUGUGUCGCCAUUCAAUCGUCGUCCGCACCAUUCGUCCAUCCCCUUUCCCUGCCAUUUCCGCCCCUUCCAACCAUCUCUUUGUUGAUUUCCCCGUGUGGGUGUGCGCUGUCAGCUGCGUUUGGUUGUGUUUACAGGCCAGGUUCGGGGCCGGACUGGGUGUCAAACUCCAAUUUGCCUUCCGUCCCUUCUUCCCCUUACUGCGGCCCAACAAAACAAAACGCCUGCUCUCCGGCCUGGGUUGACUCCCCUCUCCCUCCUCUGGGGCAGGUUCCUGCUUUGGAUUCCUGCUCCGCUCUUCUCUCCUGUACCUUUGCCAAUUGCGGCGCUUUCACCUUCAUCCCCAAAACCCAAACAGAUUGAAAACAUUCCACCCAUUUCCCGUUAUGGUUGGCAUGGCCCGAUUCGGUCGGGGCAAGA